AUGAAUGUUAUGAAUGAAUGCAAUCAUUGGGGAGUGUUCAGAGAGCGUGCCUUCGAGUUGAUAGCAUUUGUGGCCACGAUUACCAUUGUUUUAGUAUACGUUAUAUUCAACUAUUCUGCCAAUCAGUCGCACAGCAGCAUUAAAAUUGCGCGUUUGACGAUCACAUGUCUAUUCGCACCCAUACUGAUAGUGGGAGGCAUUGUAUUUACUAUGAGAUACCUUCGGUCCAAAAAUUUGAUUUUCCGGACCGUCGGCGCCAACGCUGAGAUGCAACGGAUCUGCGAAAUACUAUUCGCCGCUCAAAGUCUGUUGAAAUUUGACGUACAAUUAGCCGGUUCUUCGCUCAUACUGUGGCUCCGCAAAGGCUUCAGACAUUGGGAUCAAACCGACCAAAUCGUUGUCAGCAUCGGAUCCAUUGUCACAAUUGCGUGGAUUUCAUUGGGAUUGUUAGCGAUGCGGUUUGAAAACAAGCCAACAGUUUAUUAUUCAGAGGGUGUCGACGACGAAGUGUUGGAGUUAUCAGUCUAUACAUCGGGACUCAAACAUAAAGACAUGGAACUGAACACCGAUGACAAUAAAACCGGUCAAAACAUGGCCACCGAUGGACGACAGUAUACGUUAGCGGAUCUCGGCUUAAGAGCGGAACCGCUGGUCAGACAGACACCUAUUGGACCCACUCGUUCCCUAUACUCGCUGUCGGCCUUCGAGUGGAUCUAUCUGUUGAUAUCGUUGACGACAGUGGUGUCUGUGGCGGGCAUUUGCGUCGACCGUCUUAUAGCGCUUCCCAAAUCGUCUCAAGACUUUACGUUUGCGUUACUCCUCCUCUGGACCACUGGUUUCUCAUUGGUUUACGUGAUUCAGGGAGUGGUGAGAGAGCGUGUGCUCGAGUUGUUGGCAUUUGUGGCCACGAUAUGCAUACUUAUGCUGUACGUGAUUAUCAACUACUGUGCCUCUCAAUCGCCCUCCACUCUCAAGAUUGUGCGCCUAACGAUAACGUGUGUGUUCGGGCCGAUACUCAUACUGACGGGCCUUAUAUAUGUGCGAAAGUAUUGGCAGUCGAAAAGCCUGAUCUAUCGGACUGUCGGCGCCAAUAUUAAGAUGCAAAACAUGUGCGAAACACUGUUUAUAGCCCAGAGUUUGCUUAUAUUUGACGUACAAUUGAGCGCUUCUUCGCUCAUACUAUGGCUAAGGAAUGGUAUUGAGUAUUGGACUUCGACCGAGAUUAUUGUAAUGCGUUUUGAGAAUAAGCCUAUGGUUUACUAUCUUUGGACCAACUUUUGUGAUCUGGAAUUUUGUUCGAGUAAUUACAUAAGAGGUGUCGGCGACGAGAUGUUAGAGAACUCGAUGUUUAUGUCGGGCGGACUCAAACAGAAAGUUUACGGAAGUGGGGAUCAAAUCACAUGCUCCGAAGCAAAUCAACCCAUUCGCUCAUAAUUUGUUUUUAUUUGCAUUUAUUGCUAAAUUUCUAACUUUUAAAAGUUGUUAUUUAAGACAAUUUGUGAAUAUAUUGAUAUUAUGUGAUAAAUCUAGUGUUUCAUAUAUGCAGUGCAGAA